CCAUUAUCCACCAUAGGCAUUCCUACAUUCCAAGCUCGCGCGUGCCAAGCUAUUAGUUGGGACGAAUAUUGUUCGACUAUCGCCGCACAUAGUUCCCACGCAUCACCGCGUCCGUCCCUUGUGGCAGCGCUUCGAGGUGGGAACGCGCCGGCACUGGCUGCAACACACAGCAAAUCAAAGGACAAUCCCCUCCCCAUCACGACGGUUCACUCUUUUGAUCUGGUCGGCCUGGUAAGGAAAACGAUGGGAGCCAAAAUGCCAGCACCACACCAGCGGUUUUUCAGCAUGCGGAACCCUUUCUCGAGAUGCGUGCUAUUCGCUGUCGCACUGCUCUUCCUCCUGGCCCUGACCUGGAAAUCAGACAGGAUAGACGAUGUCACCACACAGAUCAUGAAGGCGGCAGCGACAAAGAGCAAGACAUCUACAUCUACGUACCAGCAACCCAUUGGUGGCGAUCUACCGGUGGCCACCGAGGCUGAUGUUGUCCCCGUCUCGGACCAUGUCAUGGACUGCAGCGUGAACACGACGCACAUGGAAGAACUGAAGACAAAGUAUGAGCUUCAAGAUGGGUUCCAGUACAUGAAGCGCUACGUCAAGAUUAACCGUGAGCCCAUUGCGCGGAAGUCGAUCACGAAGCUGAAGCAGGAGUUCCUGCCCGACAGCUUCAAGACCAUCGACUCCAACUACGCAAACAACUACGGCCAGGAGCGGUGCAUGGAGCCCCUGCAGGUUCCGGUCCCCGAGUCCCCUUACCCUGCCACCGGCAACCUCACCGACUUCAUGUUCGGUGUUUCCACCACCUUCAAGCGAUUCAAUGCGAGCAAGACCAGUCCCGUCAAUGAGUGGACCUACUGGAUGACGGAUGGCAAGGGCAACUCGAACGGUGCCAAGCUGGUUCUCCUGCUGCUGGAUGCGACCGAGGACCAGAUCCUCGAGGCCAAGACUAUUUUGGACGCUCGGGGCAUCGACGUCGACGUUUACCACUCCGACUCGCGCAUGGAAAUGGCGGUUCGAUAUCUCACCUUGGUGCCGACUUUGUACAACCACCCCGAACGACCGAACAAGAAGUGGCUCGUCACCUGCGACGAUGACACUUUCUUCCCCAGCGUACACUUGCUCACCAGGAAGUUUGAGCAAUACGACCCUACCCAGCAGCUUUACAUUGGUACCCUGUCGGAAGAUGUUAACAACAUUGAUCGGCACGGGUCCCAAGCAUUUGGCGGCGCGGGUGUCUUCCUCUCGGUGCCCAUGGCCGAGCAAAUCACUAACGACUACGAGAGCUGCAAGACCGACGAGAAGGUCCGCGAAUCCAACUCCGGUUGGGGUCCUCAGGGUGACAUUCUGCUCCGAAAGUGCAUUUACGAGAACACUGACGUGCGAUUGUCGCUGCUGCGUGGUCUCUACCAGCUUGAUCUCUACGGAGACCCGUCAGGCUUCUACGAGUCCGGCAUUAAGCCCAUCUCUCUGCACCACUACAAGGGCGGAGGCUGGCAUUUGGCCCUCCCUUGGCAAUACACCAAGAUUGCUCACAUCUGUGGCGAAGACUGUACUCUGAUGCGUUUCCAGACCGCUGACGACUUCAUCAUCUCGACCAGUUUCAGUGUGGUCCAAUACCCCAAGGGCAUCAACUUUAACCUCGCUCAGAUGGAACGGACUUUCGCCGCUGCCCCUCAAGACAAGGGCUGGAACUUGGACUACAUUUUCGACCCUCAGCGCCCUAGCCUGCUGAAGACAGGCCGCAAAAUCAGUUGGGAUCUCCAGGAUGCCAAUGUAAACGAUGACAAUACUGUCAGUCAGAUCUAUGUACGCAAGGCCAACGACUGGAGAUGGGUCGACAAGAACGACGUGCCGAUGUCUAAGUACGACGGCGUCAUUGAGCUCAUCUGGGUUCCAUGAACUCUCUUCAUCCGCGACGAUAUUACGAUGACGCUAUGAUGGGCUAGAGGUGACGGGGAAUUUUCUAUAUACAGUCGACUCUUCGCAUGUUUUGGAAAGCAAAGCAAUCUCGCAAC